AUGAACAUGAGUACUACAAAUCCAUCUAGUUUCAUACUUGUUCUAUUUUCCAUUACGCUGGUCCUAGCUCUCGCCAUACGUUCCUUAAGAUCCAAAAAACCAAAAGGUCCUCUUCCUCCGGGCCCACGAGGAUGGCCAAUCAUUGGCAACUUGUUCGACAUGGUCAUGAACCGACCGAUACACCUGUGGAUCCACCGCGUCAUGGAAGACAUGCAAACGGAAAUAGCUUGCUUCCGCUUUGCCCGCACCCACGUCUUCACCAUAACCUCAAGCGAGAUUGCCCGAGAAGUUCUUAGGGAAAAUGACGAGGCUUUGGCAGACAGAGCUGAGUCAUACUCGAUCAAUCUCAUAAGCAAUGGCUACAAAGGCGUUGCUUUCUCUUCCUACGGCGAGAGAUGGAAGCUGUCGAAGAAAGUGAUGGUAAACAAACUAAUGUCUCCUACAACGUUGAACAAGGCCCUCGGUGAUAGAACCCUAGAAGCAGAUAACAUUGUCACGUAUAUCUUCAAUCUAUGCCGAUCAGGUUCAAUGACGGUUAACGUGAGGGACGUCGCCUUAACAUAUUGCCACGCCGUGAUGAUGAGGAUGCUGUUUGGCCAGAGGCAUUUUGAUGAAGCAGCCGAGGACGGCGGUCUUGGACCGAAAGAGAAAGAGCAUAUGGACGCAAUAUACCAAGCUCUUGAUUUCUUUUUCAGCUUUAACGUAGCUGACUACAUCCCUUUCCUUAGAGGAUGGAAUAUCGGUGGAGAGGAGGCGGAGGUAAGAGAAGCGGUCCAUACAAUCAACAGGUGCAACGACCCAAUCAUCCACAAGAGGAUGCAACUGUGGAGUCAGAAAGGCGGAAAAGAGACGGAGGAAGAUUGGCUCGAUAUUCUAAUCACGCUAAAAGAUGGCCAAGGAAGGCCUUUAUUCACAUUUGAUGAGAUUAGAGCUCAAUGCAAGGACAUCAAUGUUGCAUCAAUUGACAAUACGAUGAAUAACGUGGAGUGGACGAUAGCGGAAAUGUUGAAUCACCCGGAGAUUCUUGAGAAAGCGACAAAUGAAUUGGACAUGGUAGUUGGUAAAGACAGAUUUGUGCAAGAAUCAGACAUACCAAAACUUAAUUAUAUCAAAGCUUGUAGCAGAGAAUCUUUCCGGCUUCACCCAGCUAACGCUUUCAUGCCUCCUCAUGGGGCCCGAGAAGAUACUACCCUCGCUGGUUAUUUCGUCCCUAAAGGUAGUCAAAUCAUCGUGAGCCGUCUAGGACUUGGCCGGAACCCUAAGAUAUGGGACGAACCUAACACGUUCAAGCCAGAGAGACAUAUUGAUGCUAGGGAUUCAGUGUGUUUGACUCUGAUGGAGCCGGACAUGCGGUUUGUGACAUUCAGCACAGGUCGGCGUGGCUGUGCAGGUAUUAAGAUUGGGACAUCUAUGACCAUCAUGUUAUUAGCCAGGCUUCUUCAGGGGUUCAAAUGGACUCUCCCUCCCGGUACAAGUCAAGUCGAGCUCACCCCGGCGGAGAGCAAUUUGUUCAUGGCCAAGCCUCUACUUGUAUCUGCGAAACCUAGGUUGGCUCCUGGUUUAUAUCCGAAAAUUCAGGUCUAA